GUACAAAGACAGUAAAUCAGGACACUAUAAAAGGAACAUGAGAGGCUGUGAGGAUGAAGAGCAAGAGCUGGAAACAAACAUCAGUGAAGAAUGAAGGGUUUAGUAUGUUUACUGCUGCUGUUGGAAACCUUUGUGUGUGUCGUACAGCAUCAGGUAGAUGGAGGACUCAAUGAGAAUGAGAUCAGUCAACAGCUCAGAUCUGAGGACGGAGGACAGAAUACACCUCAAACAGACACUUUGAGAGAUGAAGCUUCAACUGACAGCCAACAAAACUACCAUCUGUGCUUCACUGACAUCCAUGCAGCGCUGAGAGAACUGACCGCCACAGUUACAGAGCAGAAAACAAACAUCAGAGAACUGACCGCCACAGUUACAGAGCAGAAAACACACAACAGAGAACUGACUGCCACAGUUACAGAGCAGAAAACAAACAUCAGAGAACUGACCGCCACAGUUACAGAGCAGAAAACACACAUCAGAGAACUGACCGCCACAGUUACAGAGCAGAAAACACACAUCAGAGAACUGACCGCCACAGUUACAGAGCAGAAAACAAACAUCAGAGAACUGACCGCCACAGUUACAGAGCAGAAAACACACAUCAGAGAACUGACCGCCACAGUUACAGAGCAGAAAACACACAUCAGAGAACUGACCGCCACAGUUACAGAGCAGAAAACACACAUCAGAGCUUUAGAGAUGCAACAGACGUUUAUCCUGGAAGAGCUGAAGAAGAAAAAUGAUGAAAUAUCAAAUCUUACUCUGGGUCAAGUGGAGUUGAGAAAGGAAAAUACAGACAGAGAAAUAGCUUUUUCAGCUUCACUGAUGGAAUCUGGCGAUGGAUAUAUUGGUCCUUUUCCCACUGACUUCACACUAACCUACAGCAAAGUCUUUACAAACAUAGGGAACGCCUACAACCCAAUCACAGGUAUUUUCACAGCCCCACUGAAAGGAGCGUACAUGUUCAGAAUCUCUGUAUAUGGUCAUGGUCCAACUCCAGCAACUGCAGCCAUUGUUAAGAAUGGAGAGCGUGUGGUUGUGGCACAUGCUAAUCAGGCAAAGGAUGCUUUAAACUCCUCUAAUGGAGUUGUGUUGAUUCUGGAGGUUGGAGAUGUUGUCUAUGUGAGACUUAUGUCUGGCAGGAGGAUAUUUGAUAACCAGAAUAACCCCAACACUUUCAGUGGUUUCCUACUGUUUCCCUUAAGAUAACAGGAGCUUUACAGAAUGUGAUUCCAAUAAUACUGAGCAUUCAGUGUAUGA